UUGAUCAAUAAAUAUAUGUAGCGGGUAGGGGAUUGAGACUGGAAGUGUACCUUUAAGGCCUAAUCACUGGCGCUGAUCAUUUGGAUCAGGUGGCGUAAGUGACGCGUCCCUUUAAAUGUGUUGCAAGACAUGAACAGAAAAACAUUAAUGCGGUGUGAGUUGACGAGUGAGCCUCUUGGUGUAUCGUCUGUGCAAACAGGAGAAUGUGAGUUUUCUUGGAAGGUUAUGUCGAUUUAAUAUUGAACUUAAUGAGAACCGCUUAACACGGCUCGUUUGUUUGUUUGCUUGUAGUUCGGCUUGGUGUCUGCGUGUAUGGUAACCAGUAAAUGGUGCCAGUAGUCACGAGUCUACAGACUAUUGCAAAAUAGUGAGUAGUGAUUCUACAUGGGGUUUGAAGUAACGAGUAACAUCGAGGAGAGUGUCCAUUAAUCAUUCAUGCCGUUUAACUUUAUUGUUAAAGAGUAUAUAGUUCUUACUGAUUUGGGCUGGUGUCAAAAGAAAUGAGGAUUGCCUUCGUCGGCCACUAGCUACUGUUUUUCCUGGGUUUAAUAAUAGUGUUUCAUUUUGUAUUUUUUUCAUAUGUGUGUCUGUUUGGCAAUUGUCAUUAUUCAACCUUUGGCCAUGGGCAUUGUGCAAUAUUUCCUCUAGGGACCGUGUCCAUCUUGCAAUGUUUACUGGUGUGAAGUGUGAAAUGCUGUGUUAAUGUACGUAUGGCCAAUUUUGUUUGAAGUGUUUCUUGCAGUGUUGGAGUGUAUGUGAACCGUACCUAUAUAUCUGACUUUAUUCACUGUAGUUUAGGCAUUGUAGAUUUUUAUAUCUUGUAACUCAUCUAUUAUGAGAUCUUUUAUUCACUGUGAUUAAUCUAUUGUAGAAUUGUUCACUGUUACCUAUGGGAAACAUCUGUCUGCUCUGAUUGCCAAUCAUUGUAUUGUCUAGUGUUUAAUAAAAUUGAGUACAUCAGUCCCAUUUUUAUCCCUUCAUUGGAGAUAACCUGUUCAAAUAGCUUGCAGGGGAGUGCUGUUUGGGGUUUUCUACUCUAGAUAUACAAAUUUUGAGACUGAGCACGCCCCUAGGGGUCACAUUUGGCGUAGUCGGCAGGGUCAAAGUGGGACUGGUGUAAGACCUGUGAAUUUUGUUUUUGUGUAUGUUGUUUAUUUUUAUUUAUUUAUUUAUUUUUUUUGGUGGCGAUUAACUAAAGUUGUUGAUUUACAGGAAAAACAGUAGCUGAGGAAAGGUCCGGGAUGGUGAUGUUGUAAGCAAUAAGUGGUUUGUUUCAAAUUUUACUGUCUUUUUGUUUUUUCAUUUUACCCAAAUAUCAUAGGUCAUGGAAGACCAGGUUAGACUCUUAACGGAGCAGAUUCAACGACUUCAAGCAGAUAAUGAAAGACUUCGGCAGGGAAAUGUAGUGCCCCCAGUAGAUCCAGAUCAGGGAGAACCGAGUCGGUCAGUGCCAGGUUCAUCUGGUAUGAGGUAUGUCUAUGUGCCAAGGGAACGUAAAUAUCCCAAAUUUUCUGGUAGUCCAGGUCCAGAAUGUCCUCCUGUGGAGGAAUGGGUUGAAGAGGUUCGUAAAUGCUUACAGGCUAGACAUAUGUCCCCCAGUGAACAGGCAUAUUUUGUAUAUGAUCUUCUUGAGGGGGAGGCUAAACUAGAGAUUAAACUUCGUUCAGCUACUGACAGGGCUGACCCUGAGAGAAUUUUUUCAAUAUUAUUAGAGACUUUUGGUUGUGUACACUCCUAUAUUGAGGCCCAACAAAAGUUUUUCCAAUGUCGCCAGCGUGAGGGAGAAACGUUGCGUGAAUUUUCCCAUUCAUUAAUGGUCCUAAUGGAAAUUUGUCAGCGUAAAAAUUCAAAUGCUAUUUCUAAUCCUGACUCUGUUCUCCGUGAUCAGUUUGUGGAAAAUGUUCGAGACAAAAUGUUGCGCAGGGAAUUAAAACAGUUUAUUCGCCUCAAUCCGGGCUCGCGUUUUUUGGAUGUGCGUAGAGAGUCAUUCCGUUGGGUUGACGAUGGGGAGGGGGCCCGCCCAGUGCGUGCUAGGGCUUUCUCUUGUGAUGCUAGUCCCGGGGCAGUAGGGGAAUGGGGAGCAGAGACCCAGGCUGUAGCUGCCACACCAAAAAACGAAUUGGUUGAACUUAAAGAUUGUUUGCGUAGGCAGCAAACUCAAUUGGACACCAUUCUAAAACAUUUGUCCUCUGGACCGGUGAAUUCCAAUCCCAAUAGCAGGCCAAAUAAUCCACCCCGGCGUUACAGAUUUGAAGCUGAUGGUCGGCCUAUUUGCUUAAAGUGUGAUCAGGCUGGUCAUAUGGCAAGGGACUGUUUGACAGUCCGUUGGCAGGGACGGCAGGUACGGAGUGACUCCGGACAGAGGGCAGUUAAUGUAGUUGAUGUUCAAUCCGCUGGGUUGCAGGGAAACUAGCACCCUCUAGUGUAUGGAGCCAAGCACUAGAUGGGUCCUCAACAGGCUCAGGUUCUUUCCUCCCCAUACCAUCUUCUCAUUCCGUACUUAUAGGGCAGUGCCCGGUGGCCGACAUUAAGAUAGGAGGAGUGCCUAUCGCGUGUCUUGUUGACACUGGGUCUAUGGUAUCUACCAUCACAGAGUCUUUUUUUAAAGCGCAUUUCCAAGUUCAGGGGCAUGACCAGCUACGCUCCUGUGGAUGGCUGCAGUUAAGAGCAGCUAAUGGGUUGGAUAUCCCUUACCGAGGCUAUUUAGAACUGGACAUAGAAGUCCUGGGUCGGGUGCUUCCCUCCAUGGGCAUAUUGGUCGUUCAUGACCCACCGGAUUCUGGGUCAAGAAACAAAAAAAACGUUGUUCCAGGGCUUAUCGGAAUGAAUGUGCUUCGUUGCUGUCUGCGAGAAAUGUUCUGUCAAGGGAGCAGGGGUUUGUUUGCUUCUCCUUCUUCAGAUGUUCCUGCGAUUUGGAAACAUGCUCUGUUGGCGUGUCAACGCUUUGAAGAUCUGUCAAAUUCUGGUUUCUUGGGUCAGGUCUCCACCCCUCCAGGCUCUUCCAUUCUUGUGCCUGCUGGAUCUAUGAAGCUAAUUCCAGCUUUAUGCAGGCAGGGGCUGUGCCCCUUGAUUCCCUCUGUAUUUAUAGAACCAGGACAAGUAGGGGGGCAGUUGCCACCAGAUUUGCUCAUUCCUAGUUCUUUACUCCCCAUGGGUGAUGGCACAGUUGAUGUGCCGGUAGUCAAUGUGGGAAAUGAGGAUCGGUGGAUAAGACCACGUACCAUCUUGGGUCAAUUGCAUAUGAUAGAGUUAUGUUCGGUUAAGUCCAUUAGUUUUCAGGAAGAAGAUGGUAGUCAGGGCCCUGUUACUGUUAUUCAGUCUAUGGAGGUCAGCGCCUCCUAUCUUCCUGGUCUCACCGACACUAUCUGGCCUAACCUGACAGACGUAGAGCAGCAAGAGGCUAAGUCCUUACUUCAAAAGCAUAGUGCAGCUUUUAGUUGUGGGGAAGGGGAGUUGGGUUGUACAGACCUUAUUGAACAUGAGAUUCCAUUAGUGGAUGAGACGCCGGUGCGGCAACGCUACCGUAGACUGCCACCAUCGCAGUAUGAUGUUGUGAAGACACACAUUCAAGAGUUGUUGGAACAGGGAGUGGUGAAACCCAGCUGUAGCCCCUAUUCUUCACCCAUUGUUGUAGUUCAAAAGAAGGAUGGGUCUAUCCGUUUAUGCGUUGAUUAUAGGCAAUUGAAUGCGAAAACUAGAAAAGAUGCCUUUCCAUUGCCUCGGAUUGAGGAAUCCUUGGAUGCCCUUUCAGGUGCUUGUUUUUUUUCCACUCUCGAUCUGGCAAGUGGUUAUAAUCAGGUAUCUGUGGCAGAAAAGGACAGGGCAAAAACAGCAUUUUGCACUCCAUUUGGUCUCUUUGAGUUCCAGAGGAUGCCAUUUGGUUUGUGCAAUGCACCGGGAACGUUCCAGAGGCUAAUGGAAAGGAUCUUUGGAGAUCAGCGUUUCCAUACCCUUCUUUUGUAUCUUGAUGAUGUGGUGGUAUUUUCAUCCACGUUCCAGCAACAUCUGGAACGACUGGAACUCGUGUUGGGUAGGUUGACCUCCCAUGGCCUCAAGCUCAAUUUGGGGAAGUGCCAUUUCUUUCAGUCUGAGGUGAAGUUCUUGGGACACAUUAUUUCAGCUUCAGGAGUUGCAACCGACCCAGACAAAAUCAGUGCGGUUAGGGACUGGAAAGUGCCAGCUACCAUCACAGAAUUGCGCUCUUUUCUUGGGUUUGCAUCAUAUUAUAGGCGCUUUGUAGAGGGGUUUGCGAGAUAUGCAGCCCCUCUGCAUAAGUUGGUAGCAAAAUUACAGCCAGCUCCAAGGAAGAAACGAGCAGGGUUUAAUGCCUCUUUGCGGGACCACUGGGACUGGGGCUGUGAAAAGUCUUUUGAGGUACUAAAAGAAAAGCUGAUAAGUGCACCUGUUUUGGGCUAUGCAGACUUCAGUAAGCCUUUUGUUCUUGAGGUAGAUGCGAGUGGGCUCGGCCUGGGUGCCGUUUUGUCCCAAGAGCAGGGGGAGGGACAGCGGCGGCCAGUAGCUUAUGCUAGUAGGGGGUUGCGACC